AUGCUCUAUCAACCACUUACGCUGGAAUUGUACCGCCAGAAAACCACAUUGCUCAGCGUUCUUCCCGGUCGUCGAGUGGAUAGGUCCGACGCAGAGCCACGCCCGCAUGCUGGCUGCAUCAACGUCGCCAAAGCCGUUUCGAUGCUCACCGCCACCAUUGCACCUGCAUCGGACACACAAACGACGUCGACGCUGCAUCGUGCAUUGGAUGGACGUGGCUUUGCCAUGCGCCAUCCCACAUUCGACUGGCCUACACGCCUUUGA